AUGCUCUUUGAUAAUGGAGGCCUCGAAGAAAGUGGCGACCAAGUGAGACCUGACCGCGAGGUCAAAGAUACGGCUUGUCAACCUGCUUCAAAGCGACCCAAAUUCGGUGUGAACUUAUCAUUGUGUCUCUCCCUGGGUCAAGAAUCAGAUGCAGCGAACAUCCCGGGUUCUUCGAGCGCACAGCUCUCGAUGGUGCAUAACAUUGGUGCGUCCAGCUGA